CGAUCCCUUCCUCAUGCAAAAGGCAGUGGGAUGCAGCAUAGAAGCUCCCAAACACUGGCUUUUGGGAGUUUUUUUUAAUCUUCUUUCAGGGAGCCUUCUGUGUAUAAAAAGUUAUUUUGGUUUUUUUUUUCCAGAAUGAGCUUCCUCAGUUUAACUUCCUAUAAAAUGAGGCAUGUAAAGAGCCCCUCUCUCUGUGUGAGGUGUAUCCCUUCUCUGUGAAAACAUUACAGCCCAAACAACUUGCUCGCAGUUUAUUUAAGAUGCUUUUGUUGAAAGCUGAGCUAAGCAGAGAAACCUCUUAUGUGUGAAGUAUUAUACAGUGUGUGUGAGAUAAUAACACUUUGUAAUUCAUUACAGCUGGCUUGUAUUUACAUAAAAGAAGGCUGAGCUGUGUAGGAAUUUGCUGAUUAAUUUAUUUUUAAUGAGAGUGAAGUAUACCAAGUACCAAAAUAAACUUUACUUUGUGUAUCUUACUGCUCCUGAAAUAGGUGGAAAAAUUAAUGGUAGAUAUUUUGGCUCGAAGCUACAUACAUUAAUUCAUAUACAAAACAGUUAUUUAAACUUUAACCCCUUUCCUGCUGUGUAAUUUAAGCCUGAGCUCAUGUUCUCCAUGCCAUGGGAGCACGGGGCUGGGAGCACAGCACCAUCCAGCCCGGGGAGGCUGGAGAGCUGCUGGAAUUCUUGGGCUGGCUGGCCUGGAGGGGAGAGCACCCUUGUGCUCUGAAUGUGGGACAGCAUGGGGUCACACUGAACCCUCCCCUGUGUUUAUGGGCAGGAGGCUCCACAGGCGAUGGUGCCGGGUUGGAGUCAUUGGCAUCUGCCCUUGCACCUUUUAUUAGGAUGAGGAUAAAGGCCUGUAAUCACAGCUCUGGCUGGGCCAUGAAAUGCCUUCACCCACCCGCUGUCAGGGCUGAGCCAGCAGUGGGGCGUGCUUGGGUGUGUGGGGCCUGGUGAAAAAACAAGGCAGAUACUGUCUCUGAAUUAAAAGGGUAAUUUGUUAGAGAGGCAAAAUCCACUGGAGGCUACACAGGACCAGGGGAGACUUUGCUUCCCAGUCAUUAGUUACCCAGAGACAGGAUCCUACAGUAUUAGAUUGGAUAUCAGGAGGAAGUACUUCCCUGUGGGGGUGGGAGGGCCCUGGCACAGGUGCCCAGAGAAGCUGUGGCUGCCCCUGGAUCCCUGGAAAUGUCCAAGGCCAGGUUGGAUGGGGCUUGGAGCAGCCUGGGAUAGUGGAAAGUGUCCAUUCCCAUGGCAGGGGGUGGGAUGAGAUGAAUUUCAAAGUUCCUUCCAACCCAAACCAUUCUGGGAUUUUAAUGAGACCCCUGUUGCUCUCAAGAGGUGAAGAAAGGUGACCUGGAAAGCUGCCAUUGCCAGUAUCUUAUAUAAGACAUCUCUCCAGCCAGAAGGAAAGAAAAUACAUUCCCAGUAGCAAGAUCUGCUCUCUGCAAGUGUUCCAGCAGCAGAGAUUGGCAGGUGAGUGAUUCCUGUGCACAGCAUUGCUUCAAGGACAGCAGAACAGAGGGGGUUUAACCAAACAUUUUAAACCCCAUCUUUUCCUAUUUUCAAAGUUUUCCAGAGGGAAUAAUUUAAAUACUUAUGGACAGUUCUUUGUUUAUGCUGUUUGGUUUUUAGAAAGUGGUCUCAGACCAUCAGCUUAGAGGCACUUACUGUAUUUAAAUGAACAUAUCCAUGUAAAUUUCUUAUGGAAGGAGCCACUUUAUCAUCCAGCCUGAUCUCCUGUCUCAUAUACAGGAUUUGGACAUCACUUAGGAUUCCAAAGGACUUACUCUUACAACUUUUCCAGGUAUCUUAAAAUGAAGAGACACAAGCCCCUAGGAAGCAUUCAUGAUUUCAGCUGGAUCCCAGGUUACUCUCUGUGAGUAGAAGGAUCAGCACUCAACUGCCUUCCUUCUCUUCUGUUUUGCACCAUGAGAGAGUGGGAGCAUGUUUUGCCUCUCAGGGUCAAACUUGGGAAGUCUUGCUUUAGGCUGGUAUUUUUGAGAUGUUUCAGAGUUAUGGGGAGUCAUCUGAUACUCUUCAAUGCCCACUCUCUAUUUUAGAUGGUUAAAUGUUUUCCUCUGUCACCUUGGCUGCUGUGCUCACACCACCUUUGGGUGUGAACUGUUUUCUCCUGUAUCUUCAAAGUGCUGCAGUGCUGAGAGCAUAGGCAUCCUUGAUGAUCUCUGCAUUUCCUGUGCUAGCCAGUGUUUAAGUGCAGUUGUCACUUCCCAGAUUUGUGCCUCCUGUCCUCACCUUGCACAAGGUGAUGUUUUCAGUCAUGUCUCUGCCCCACCAAGCCCUAGGUCAGAACUGCUGCUCCUGACCUGGCAGUCAGAAUUAACCACUGUCCUGUCUCCCUGCCUGUGCCUCAGCAAAUGUGGGAAGCAGAAACUGGACACUAAGAAUAAGAACCAGAGCUGUAAAUGAGAUUAAUGUAGGUGAAGAGUAGCAAAGCUGUGGAGGGGUGAGCAUCAUCUGGGAGGGGACUGGUUGUGCAAGCUUGGUCUCUGUGAAAUGUGCCACUGCCACUGCCUGGCACCACUCUGAGGAGCAGUGGGAGCCAUGCCCUGCCCUGUGACCCUGUGACCCACUCAUAUUCUCCACAUUCACCUACUUGUUGGAAAAUGGUUUAACCCUGGUGGUUGUCUGCAUCCCAGGGAUGUGCUGAAGUACUGCUUGAGCAUUUGGAGAGGUUUGCUGACCCCUCUCCAGGGGCGCUGAAUGAGGCAUUGAGCUCCAAAGCUGCACUGGGUGCUUCCUUCCAGGAAGAGAAAAGUCCCAGUGUAGGGAAUUGUAAGUGUUUAAGUUAAUCCAUACCUAGAACUGCUGUGUCAUCCUACUUCUGCUAAGAGAGCUGUGCCACAAAUGCAGUGGUUGUUUCAGGCCCCAGUGUGGGGUUUGGUCAUGGCCACAGCCUUGGACGCGACCAUUUUUCUUGGGUGAUGCUGGUGGCAGCUAAUUUGGAAUCACAGAAUAAUAGAAUAUCCUGACCUGGAAGGGACCCAUCAUGAUCACUGAGUCCAGCUCCUGGCUGUGCACAGGGCCCCAAGAAUCCCACCCUGUGCCUGAGAGCAUUGUCCAGGUUUCCUAGUGGAGACCUCCCUGUAUGGGCUCCUCCCCUCCCCAUCUGCCUCUUCACGUCUACCCUGCUUUGUCUGAUCGCUGUUGUCUCCUUCAUUAAUGAACUCUAAUCAAGGCUUCUUUGCUCUUUUCUCUGCAAGAGGCUGUGAUGAACCUGUGUCCUGUCCUUCCCACUGACCUGCACUGUGUCCAGCUCUCCCAGGCUGAAUGACACCCGUCCCAGCUCUCUGGGUGACAGUGUUACUGUGCCACAGGGAAAAGGAUCUCCAUCUUUGGGCACAUUGUGUCUGCCCAACCUGGCCCUCAGCAUGCUCCAUGUUCUCCUGAAGGUCUGAGAAGGCAAGGAGUGGGCAGGAGCUUACAUGAGAGCCUGGGAAAGUUGGCAAGGACAUAGGAAAGACCCUGAGGCUCAGUGCGAGUGAUCAGUGGGCUCUGCUGCUUACACGGUGCCCGGCCCUCCUCUGCCUACAGAGGGACUGUCACCUGUGGGUGCUGUGGGCUGCCUGGCCUACUGCAUCCUGAUGGGGCAGUUGCAUAUUAACAAUCCUGUGAUCCUUCCCAGACUCACCUGGUGAGGGCUUUUUUUGACCACUGCCCCUUCUCCAGGCACUCAGGGCUGCCCUGUGCAUCCUAUGUGUGUUCGUCCUGAAGUUGCUGAACAUGUUGAGGGAGUACUUGUUUUGCUUACAGUCAUUCAACCUGCUGGGCCACUUGCUCUGCUCAUUUGUGGGACAGAAUAGAUGGCUGGGCCUCAUCCUUCCACUGGGAAUGCAGAGCUCCCAUGAGAGUGAUUCCACCUUCUGCUGUUACUUCUCAGUGGCUGUUCCAGGUGGGAUAUGCUGGGAGCAGCCAGGGAGUUCAGGUCAAGUGGCAAUAGAUCUGCGAGGGGACCUGGGGCAGGUUAGUGGAAACACUCUGAGACACUGCCUUGAAUUUUUUAAAUCUUUUAGAGAACCUUCUGUGUAUAACAAAGGUAUUUUGGUUUUGGUUUUGUUUUUUUUUCCAAGGCAAACUUCCUCAGGUUAACUAGUCAUGUAAAAAGCAUCAGUAACCAGCAACAUCUGCUCUCCUGUUGUUGUCUCGUGCAAGUGUGUUCAUGUGGGAGGACACUCCACAAGCUGCUGAGCCUGGAUCCUCUUGGGAGCUGCUGCAGCUCUUCCAGAGGUGAGAGUUCCCUCAUGCUCGCUGUAGAAGUGAGGAGUCCUGUACACUCAAAACCUUCAUUAAUGACUACAUCACAAUGAGCUGGGCUCCUUCCUGCCUCAUCCCACCUGCCAGCUCUUGGGCUGUUCCACAUCCUGUCAAAACCAGGCAUCUUAGGCAGAUUUACUCAAUGUCCCACAUCCUUCCCUGUGCACCCUCUUCCUGCUGGUAGCCAGACUCAGUGAUGUUACAACACCCAGUUCUGGAUUCCCUUUGGAAGGAGACACAGAAGGGGUGUCUGGAAGUGCUUUUCCCCAUGUUCAGUACAGGGCAGCAGCUGAAAGAAGCAGCACACUGUGGUCCUUGUCCUGCCAGCUGUGCAUCAGCCCCCUGAGCAGCUCAGGGCUGCACUCAGGGCCAGCACAGCAGCUCCAUGGACUCACCUUGGCUUCCCUGCAUGGCACAGGGGUGGUAGAGACCUUGGAGCUGCAAGGGGUGGGACAGAACCUCUGUGCUGUGCACACCACUGGGCAGGGGCAGCAGAGGUGGGGGGUCCCUGCCUCUCCUGACAUCCUUUGUGGUUGGAUCAUUUGGCCUGUGGCUGGCAGUUGGUGUCCAAUGCCCUCCUUCAGCUGUGCAGGUAUGAGGCUGCCUCUCCCCUGAUUUGAGAUGUCUUAAAAAAUGAAUUAUAAGGAUGAAACAUGGAAUUUGUGUGCUGCCACUGUGCUUAGAUUCUGUAACACAAUGGUUGGGAAUCUUGGACAAAAAAUGGGGAGAUUUGACUUUGCUCUGUGGAUUCAGUGCUGACAGAGCUCAGUGCAGGAGCUAAAAUCGGGACUUUUCUCAUCCAGCUGUGGUGUCUGAGUGCAUCUGGCAGUGAAUUCUGCAGUGGAGCACUGUGGUGCAGUGCCUUCCAGAAAUGCUGGUACAGCACUGAGGAGCACCCUGAUGUUUCAAGAUGGAAGAUUGGGUUUCAGUCUCUGGGUUUCAGAGGGGGGAAGAAAGCAAAUCUGGCUUCUCGUGUUCCCGGGUGAGUGUUUCCCAGAUCUAUCAGGAAACAGCCUGGCAGGCUGCAUCCCAUGGGUGCAUGAAGAGGAAGAAGCAGGUACAUUCUGUGGAGAGCCCAGGCAAGGUGUUUGUGUUUGCUGAGCUCCAAAAACAUCUGCAGGAUGGAAGAAUAAAGUAUUGCCUAAUGCUUGGCUGAGCUCAGUUAUCAGCCAGAGCAGAGCUGCCCAAGGACAUUGACUUGGAAGUGGCACUUGGGAUGUGUGUUCAGCCAGAGGGAAUUUUCCCCUUGUCUGUUGAUUGCAGAAGGUGUGUAGACAAGACUUCCAGGUAAGAUCCCUGCUUUUAGCUGGCAAAAAUGGGCUGAUGAGAUUCCCACAUCCUGUGUUGGCCAAUCAGCCUCUGGAGUGCCAGUUAGAGCCCUCUUGCCAGACAGCAGGAACAGGUCACCUCUCAUCUAAUUUUAGAAGUCUGUGUGGUAAACCUCUGUCACUGACUCGGGCAGCCCGAGCUCCAGCUGUCAGUGGGGGGAGAUAAGAGCUUCCCAGGCACAUUUCAUCCAACCUGUUCCAAGUGUCUGCUGCAGGGUGAGGUAACUGACUCCUGGAAGUCUCUGCCUCUCCCCAUCAACCCCGAAGGAGCCCAGCUUGACAAGCUGGACUGGAGAUGUUUACAUCGUGUGUGCUUUCAUGUGCUGAGGACCAUGAGAAAUUACCAGAGGAGAGCAGAUCAUUACCAAACAGUGCAAAUCCCUUUACAAAUCCCCUUUACAGAAUCAGCAGCAGAAAAUAUGUAUUUGAUUAAUUUUUUUAAAAUUCACACUCUUUUCAGCUCUUUAGGAAGGCAAAAAGCAGGGUGAUGGUACACUGUUACCACCCUGCAAAGCAGCUCCAGAAAAACACCCACCACAUUACAGCUCCUUCCCUUUGUUACUUCCCCAAACUUCCUUACACUGCAUUGGCUGUUCACUUCAUAAAUUAUUCUUUAAGCUGUUCUAAUGUUUACUUUCACCUGUAACACUUCUGUGCCAGCAGCUUUGUUACCGUUUUGUCCCAUCCAUACUUUGCCCUUGCUACUGCAUCACAGCCAAAUGGCAGCCAACUUCUGUUUUCUGAUUCAAUCAGUGCAAUGUUCUUGCCAUUUGCAGUCCUGCUGAGGCUUCAUCCAGACUUCAGGCAUCCAGAGACUAGACAGCUAAUCCAAACUAAUCAUCCCACUCAUCUGUAGUCCGUGGAGAGUGACAGUCUUUCGGGAACAUGAUUCAUCCCAGCUGACUUAGAGCCUGGUGUCUGGAUGUGCUGGUUCACACUCAGGCAUGGCCAUCCCUACUCCAUUGACUAUUGCCCCAUGAUUAUUCCAGGGCACACAUUUAGCUUUUACAUUACUUAAUUUAAUUGAAUCUCAGGGGAUUUUGUAGAUAAAAGGCCAAUUGAUUACAUCAACUCUCCAGCCAGUUUUCCAUUCCCUGGUUGCCUGUGUGGUGUUCAGUAGCUCCAGGGUGAGCUGAUCUCUGCUCCUCUGCAGUUCUUCACACGUUGUGUUCUGUGGUGUGUUCCUACACAGUGCCUUAAUUCACAUAGCAAUGUCUGCCUGUACUGUUCCUCCAAAAAUGACUCCAUUAUGCUUUUGGGAAGCUGGAAUUAAAUAAUCCUCAAUGAGCAGCAUGUGGCAGUAUCAUCAGUCACACAGCACCAGACUCCUAAGGCUGAACGUCCUUGAAGGAUUUCCAGGGAGAUGCUAAAUGAGCAUGUGAAAUAUUGCUCUUCUUGCCUGCAGCAUCUAAUGACCAAGAUUCCUGCUGUGAUUCUGACAAACACCAUAACUCUGUGUGUCAAGAAAUCGACUGUUCUGGCUUCUCUGCCAGGUGCUGGUGUAGCAGAGCCAGGCUCCCAAGAAAUGCUAAGGAGGAGCAUUAUCUGUGGCUCAGGGAUGAGUAAGUUUCUCUGCCGAGUCUGAUUAUCCACUUGGGAUAUUUGUGUUUCGUUAUAACUGACACUAAGCAGCGUGUUUGAUUUGGAACAAAUUUCAGGCAGGAACAAGUUCCAGCAUCUGCAUUUCUACUGCGAGCACAGUGAGGGACAAAACAGGUUAGAACCUGCUAGGCCAAGGGUGGGGACCUCUCUAGGGAUGGGAAGGGAAGGGGAGAACAGUACAUUAAUCAGUUACAAGGAAAAGGAAGGAGCAGCUUGAAGAGCUGAUAUUCUUCCCCUUGCAAAAGGGACACCAGGUGCCCGGUACCAGGUGCGUGUCUGGGGCAGCCGGGUGAGGGAGCUGGGGAAAGCUGGCUCCUCCCCCGGAGUGCGAGGCUGUACCUGGUGAUUAAGGAUUUGAGCUUAUGCUGAGUCCUGAAGGAACCUGUUGGGUGGAGCUCAGGAGUGCAGGAGGGGCAGAAAAGACGUGAAGACAGACACAGGACAAAUCCAGCAGGAGAGACACCUCUCGGCAUCAGCAGUUCCAGUCAUGUUCAACUACCUAGCAGUGGAGGUGAGGCCCCAGCUCCCCCGCAGCUAUGGCAGCCAGCAAGGGGUGUCUGGGCCACUGAAGAGCCGCCUGGAGCAGCUGAAGAAGCCGUGGUGGAGGGAGCCCACCCCGCUGGUGCUCCAGCACAGCGAGACAGCCAGGCUGGCCAUCGACGCCUUUCUCGAGCAGGGGGAGCGGGGCUACCUGAGCGCCAUCACCGAGGAGAGGGAGCUGCCGUUCCUGUCCACCUUGGACAUGGAGUACAUCAGCCGUCAGAGGAACCAAAGCUUCCCAGACCCCAGUGCAAUGAAAGACAAAGAAGCUGACCCUGGUGAUGCAGACACUGGAGACAGGUUCUCCCUCAACUCGGAACUAACAUCGGGCACCUACUUCCCCCUCAUGUCUGACGUGCACCCUCCGGAGCUGGAGCUGGGAUGGCCAGGGACGCCUCUCCUCACGGUGUCUGGCCAGACUCAGGCCACUGUGAUUUUCCAAAGAAACAAAACGAACAGCAUUAAGGAUUUGGUCCGGUCUCUGAUCAGCCGGGCACGGACGGUGAUAGCAAUUGUGAUGGAUCUGUUUACAGACAUGGAAAUCCUGUGUGACCUGCUGGAGGCCUCAAGCAGACGGCACAUCCCCGUUUACCUGAUCCUGGAUGAAGAGUACUUGAAGCAUUUUGUGGAAAUGUGCAAUAAAAUGGCUCUUACUCAGGACAGCUUCCCAAACAUGCGCAUAAGAUGCCUGAGUGGAGACACGUACUACAGCAAAGCAGGCAAGAAAUUUGCAGGCCAGGUUCUGGAGAAGUUUGUCCUGGUUGAUUGUGACCAAGUCCUUGCUGGUACAUACAGUUUCACUUGGCUUUGCAGCCAAGUCCACACUGGCCUGGUGACCCACUUCCGCGGGCAAAUUGUUGCAGAGUUUGAGAAGGAAUUCCGGUACUUGUACGCCGAGUCCAGAGCAGUGACCAGCUUCUGUGUGCCAGAUCCAGGGACAUGCCUCUCUUCUUGGAAUACCUCAAAAGUUGACAACUGUCUUCUAAAACCCACUCAGGGGAAUGAUACUGAGACCCUGAGCCCCUCCAGCAGCCUUUCCAAUGCGAGCAUCAGGAGCAUAAAAGUGUCUCCCUUUAUGAAAAACUCCAGCUGCAGUGCACACCAGGAAAAGCAAGAUUCCAGCUCUGAUUCUGGCAAUAAGAAGGGGAAGGAGGACACAUUCCUGAAGCCCACUUGCCCUAAACAGCAAGAAGAACCACCAGACUCAGCAAACAGUCCUCCAAAUAAACCCACCCCAGCCUUGUAUCCCAAAUCAAACCUCAUAACAGCAAGGACAUUCCUGCAACCAGAGCCUUCCUCCAAUAAACCCAGUAACCAGGGGGACACUAAGGCCAACAGCAGCCACUGCUCCCCGCCGAGAGUGGGGCAGCUGCUGCAGUCCCUGUCAGAGGGCACCAGCAGCAAUGGGUCCAGCCUGAAGCAGAGAGCACCUGUGGCCACCUCUGGGGAGCUGCCAGCUGAAAAUGAGAAUGUGUUUUAUGGGGUGGAAAAGAGACAGAGCCCUGAACAUGGCCAUUUUGACCUUUUCUCCCCAUACAACCACCUCAAACGGGAUAAAAAGUCCGUAGUGCCUUGCUAUGACAAGUUCCCAGAGGAUGUGCUGCUGGAAAAGAACAGCGCGUACGGGGCGGAGAAGAGAAUGACUCUGGGGCACAGCAAGCUGGACCUGAUCACCAAGUACAACAAACUGAAAUCCAAACACAUACACAGUCGGUUUGAACUCUGACCUGGGCCUCGAGCUGGCCUCUGCUCUGAUUUUUCAGGGGUUGCUGUUCCCUGCCAAUCAUCAUGCCUGGGGCUUGGAAUCAAAACAUUAGUCUUGUUUCUGUUAAAAGGUGUUUAAUCUAUGUACAUGACUGAUUCAGAUGAGAUUAGCAACUGCAGCUCAAAUUUUCAAUUACAUUAUUGUGGCAGGAGGGAGAAAAGCACAUAAAUAUAAUUCACAUUCCUUUUGCACGUUUGGGAAAGAACCAUUUCCCCUUAAACUUACAGCAAAGCCAUUGCUACACGUGGAAAAUACCACUGAGGUCUUCAGGGUGAGCCCUGGUUCUCUCCAUGCUGAGCAAUUCCUCUCCCUGCAGCCAUAUGGUGCAAAUGAAAUGGGCAAAGGCAGGGGGAUGUGAAAAAUAAAGGAGUUGUUCUGCUGGAAAAAA